CAACUUAAGAACAUGACAUUUGUGUAUUACCAAUUAUCCGAAUAAAUUUUGCAUGUCUAAAAGUAUGUUAUAAUACUUUAUAUUUAGAAAAAGUUUCCUAAACUUUAAAAUUAGAAUUAACCGUGAAUAUGGUUGAAUUUAUUGAAUAUAUAUGGAAUAGAGACAAUUAAAUCACGAAUUUCCUUAUUAAAAGGAAAGAGUUUUAUUUAAUAUAUUUAAAGUUUAUAAAUUAUUUAUAAUGGCUUCAGUAAAUACUAAAAAUUUUGUUGGGUUGGACCAUUUAUCGCCGUUAAAUACAAAAAAUGUGGAUCCAUCCUUAUUUGGAAAUGAAGAUGCCACAUGCCAAUCAUGCUCCGUAGAUACAUACGGAAAUCGCCACUCCCGUUAUGGAAACCGUAGCGACAAAGAACGAAAAAUAGGACAUAGGCGCGUAGGCGAAGGUGGUGAAAUAACAUAUAAAAAAAUCCAAACAUCACAAAUUAUGGGAUCUAUUCAACUAGGAAUACAACAUACCGUUGGAAGUUUAGCAUCAAAACCGAAGCGGGACUUACUUAUGAUGGAUUUCUGGGAAAUUGAGAGUAUUACGUUUCCAUCGGAAGGGUCUAGUUUAACUCCUGCACAUCAUUAUAGUGAAUUUAGAUACAAAAUCUAUGCUCCUAUUGCGUUUCGUUACUUCAGAGAUCUGUUUGGAAUUCAGCCUGAUGAUUUCAUGAUGUCAAUGUGUUCAGCACCAUUGCGGGAGCUCUCCAAUCCAGGAGCUUCAGGUUCAAUUUUCUACUUGACGAAUGAUGAUGAGUUCAUUAUUAAAACAGUGCAACAUAAAGAGGGAGAAUUUUUACAAAAACUUCUUCCAGGUUACUAUAUGAAUCUUAAUCAAAAUCCUCGUACACUUUUACCAAAAUUUUUUGGUCUCUAUUGCUUGCAAACUAGCAAUAGUAAAAAUAUUCGUUUGGUAGUAAUGAAUAAUUUGUUACCGUCGUACAUAAAAAUGCAUUUCAAGUAUGAUUUAAAAGGAUCAACAUUUAAACGAAAAGCUUCUAAGUCAGAGAGAGCAAAGAAGUCACCUACUUAUAAAGACUUGGAUUUUAUGGAACAUCAUCCAAAUGGUAUAUUCUUAGAAGCCGAGACCUACAAUGCAUUAGUAAAAACAAUUCAACGCGAUUGUACUGUACUGGAGUCAUUCAAAAUUAUGGACUACUCGUUAUUGGUUGGAAUACAUAACUUAGAUUUAAAUGUUAAGGAAAAACAAAACGACAAAAGUAAAGCAAAACCUGUUCAACCGGAAGAAUCGGAUAUCGAUGAUGGAACGGAAAUGGAAAAUUUGGGAAUAAUUGAGGGUGGCGGUGAUGGCACUGCUGCACAUAAUCAAACUAGUGCUUUAUACAAAACUGUUAUAAAUAGACAGCGUUUGGUGGCACAUUCAACAGCCAUGGAAAGUAUUCAGGCAGAAAGUGAACCAAUAGACGAUGAAGAUGAUAUUCCACCCGGUGGCAUUCCAGCACGAAGUGAAAAAGGAGAAAGGCUUCUCUUGUUUGUUGGCAUUAUAGAUAUUCUUCAAUCUUACCGAUUUAAAAAAAAAUUGGAACAUACAGUUAAAAGUAUUAUUCAUGAUGGGGAUACCGUGUCAGUCUGCAGACCUUCUUUUUACGCUCAAAGAUUUCAAAACUUCAUGGCAAAAACAGUAUUUAGGAAAAUACCAUCACUGGACUUACCUGAAAUAAAAGGGAAUCAUAGAAAAUUCCGGACACUGGUAUCAAGUUACAUAGCACUAAAACAUUCUCCGUCAAAAAGAAAAAGUUUAUCUAAAUCUUUACAACGAUCGAUGGACAGUGACCAAGAAGCACGCUCCAGCAACAAUAAAGUGAUUCAACAAAUUUCCGGAUUAAAUCAGCAAGCAUCAGAUAAUGUCUUAUCAAAUUCAUCUUUAAAUAAUACACAUAUUCCUGUAAAUCCAAAACAGCGACUGCUAACAGCUAAUGCAUCAAGUACGAAGAAAUUAAAAAUUCCUCCACCAGUUCCUCCUAGAGGUUCUCCACGUAAAAGAAAUGCAGACGAACAGUUUAUGCCUCAAAGAGCAUUACCUACAUCAGACUGUAAUUGUUAUUCUAAAAGGAAAUAUCUGGAAGUUGAGCUUUUUCCUCGUUUUGGUGAAAAGCGUUCUCCAAGCAAUGUGAGCGAUUGGCUAGAAGUUCACGAAAUAUUUAAUUUAAAAGAUAAUGAUGACCCAACGCAGUUGCCAACCACUUCAGACACAUUUAUUAUGAAAGAAAGUGAUUCAUUAGAGUCAUCAAUAUUAUCAUCACAUCAAAUCCAACAAAACUGCUUAGUUACUAAUUGUUUUGCAGAGGAUUAUGUUGUACAAAAGUUUCCAAGUAAUAAUUUAAACAAUAAGAUUAUUGAGACCAAACAAUCAAACGAUUAUUGUUGUCCCAUCCUUGAUCACGAAAACUCAAAGCGAAUAUUUUAUAUUGCUGAUCUAGCAUUAAAAAAUAUGGCUGAAGACAGUGAAGAUAAUUUACUACAGUCUUUCAAUGCAUUGUUAGAAGUGAAGACAGAUUUUGAAAAAAACAAAUGGUCUCGAACGUCACAAUAUUCAAACAAAACUCGAAAUUCAAACGUGAUAAAAAAAAAUAAUUAUAGAGAAAAAAAGUUAGUUGUUCCCAGGAAUUUGCCUGAUGAAAAACAAAGACGAGUAUCAAGAAUUCAAUCACUUAUUCCAGAAAAUUUGUCAGUUUGUUCUAGUAUUAAUCCAAUUUACGAUAUCAAUUUGAAAGACUUUAAAAUGCCAAACAAGCGGUUCAAUUUAAAACAUUAUGAUUAAACAUUAUGAUAGCAUAUGUAUCAUACCAUAUUGCUUUGUCUUGCAUUAGCUUUUCAUAGACAUAUGCGAAAUAACGUAAAACUUUGUCUUAAUUUGAUUUCAUUUCAUUUUCAUGUAUCGCUAGGCACAACGCCAUCUUGCAGUUCAACUCCA